AUGCAGGCACCGACGACGGAUACAUUCGAUGAUGACGACGAGGAGUCUUUUUUCGAAUCGCCCUAUGCCAGCGGACACUGGGACUGGUGUCAUAAGGAGAAUAAGCUUGUUUUCGUGAGCGAUAUUGCCUCGUUAUCAGCCAAGCCAACCUAUGUACCACCUGUGAUAGUAGGACCUAUCGAAUUUAGAGACAACUUAGACGUCUUGGAACAGCACAAAUUCAGAAAAAUUUUCCAAAGGAAAAUUGAUAAAGAAGACGAUGUGGUAACUUUACAGGAUAUAAAAGACCUAGUUCUAUACACUGCACCUACUGCUUUGUUAUCCCCCAUGAUGGUCAACGUUUUGCAUAAACCCACCACGGAACGCUUCCUACGCGCCCUCAUACUCUACUGCCAGUACUAUGGACAGAUUUCUGAUAUAAUGGCUAAACGGACAGAACAGAGGGAAACCAAAAUUUAUACGUGUACGAGUUACAAGACUGAAAUGAAGUUCUGUGAAAAUUUACAAGACCUACGCUUGCUCGUCACUAAAGAGUACAGUAGUAUGAUUCUCGGAGGUGCUGAUUUUCAAAACUUUCACCACAAGGGCAAACAAAAAAAAUUGACUUCCCUUUCAAGGCGAGAAGGAAGAUUAUUUGAAUCAUUGAUACGCCUCAGUGUCCAGAUAGUGUGGAUAGCAUUGGGUCGAAAACGGUAUAAUUUGAUCGAAAUUGAAGUAAAUCGGUUAUUCCGAUCAAGUAAAUUCAAUCUCGCAGCACAUCACGCAAAAAUAGAUACUGCAGCUAGAAUGUCGUUACGUGAACGGCAAGUCUUUUUCGGCAAAUGUUUACAACCUACCCAUAAACUGAAAAGCCACUCGCCUUUACUUAGUGAAUUUCAUUGCGACAGAGAAAUAGAUUACCGUCUCCUUGGACUUGGUGUAGUCAAAUAUCCAGAACUAAACCUUCGAUUACAAUACCUGGAAACUAUGCUGAUGACCGAGGAGUCGAAAUUAAAAGAAAUGAAGUUAUCAUUGGGCAUAAUGGGCCUGCCCCGAACGGGUUUCGAUGCCUUGUUACGAGGUGUUCAUUUACCAGGAAAUGCCAGCAAACGUCCCUCUGUGGCCAGCUUCCGACUAUCUGGGCCGAGAAUAAGUGCGAGGUCUUCAAGAACAAGUACGGACCAAAAACAGUUAAACACUAUUUUCAACUUGCAGCCAAAAACAUAUGGAGAUAUUGUUUUACCCGAUGGCGAUAUACAAACUGCUCCCCCUGACGCGUUUCCAUCUGAAAGACAACCGCCGCUGAUUAUCAAUCGCCAGCAACAUAAGAAAUGGUUAAACCGAUCGAAUCGCUUGGCAAGUAAAUUAGCUUCCAAGCGAUACAAAACGCUUCUAGGCAAACAAGGCACGCUUCUAGAUAAAGAAAAGGUUCACACCGAGGCGUAUAAAGAGUCAGGAGAGUCCGAGUCAGGAGAAGAAAGAACAAUGGAAGCCUUUCAGACAAAUGCAUUUCACUGCUCACAGCUCAAAUUUACUGUAGAACCCUGAAAAAUAUUUAAUACCUUAUCGGAAAAACCCAAAUUCAAUAACAUUACUCUACGCAAGUGUCCGUCAUCCCCGUCAUGGUUAUUUCUAAUUGACUCCUGUCUUGUACUUUAACCAUCCACGCAGAAUAUGUGAUGCUUCCAUUUUCAACGUAAGAAGGCAUGUUACAACAUGACAAGUAAAUGGCUACCUACUCAUAUUCUAUUCAGCAAUUAUUCUGUCAAAAGUAUAAAUAAUAUUUAUUCCGAAACCUUCAUAUUUCCACUGACUUUUAUAAAUGGUUUGAAGACUUUACGAUAUUGUAUGUA